AUGGCCGACCUACAGCUGGCAUCUACAACUUCCCUGCUUGGCCACACAACUCAGGACCGGGCUGUGGAACCAUGUCUCCAGCCCUACAUGCUUUCUUUUGUCUUGGGAGAAAUCGGAGGGCGUGCCAGGACUCCAAAGGGACCGGUUUUCAUUGGAGCUAACCUAGAGGCUGUGAUUCCCUCCCAAGGCCCAUUCCCUAAGCCUUCACUCAGGGCUCAGCCCAGUUCCCUGGUGCCCUUGGAGCAGCCAGUCACUCUUCGGUGCCAGGGGCCUCCGGCCGUGGAUCUAUAUCGCCUGGAGAAACUGAAAUCCGAGGAGUAUGAAGAUCAAGAUUUCCUCUUCAUCCCGACCAUGAAAACAAGUAAUGCUGGACGCUACCGCUGUUCCUAUCAGAUGGGGAGCCACUGGUCUCCUGCAAGCGACCAGCUGGAGUUAAUCGCCACAGGUGUUUACGAUAAGCCCUCCCUCUCAGCUCAUCCAAGUUCAGUGGUUCCUCCCGGUGGGGACGUGACCCUGCAGUGCCGGACCCGAAAUGGUUUUGAUCAAUUUGUUCUAUACAAAGAAGGGGAUACCGAGUCUCAUAAGAAACCUGAGAGGUGGUACCGGGCUGAUACUGAGCCUUAUAAGAAUCCUGAGAGAUGGUACCGGGCUGAUUUCCCCAUCACCACAGUGGCUGCCACUCACAGUGGGAUCUACAGGUGUUACAGUUUUUCCAGCUCAUCUCCGUACCUAUGGUCAGCUCCAAGUGACUCCCUGGUGCUUGUGGUUACAGAACCCUCCAGGGGACCUUCCAACUUACUUUCAACCAAGAUACCUACAACUGAGAAGGCUAUGAACACCACUGCCUCUCUAGAGGGGUCAAGUCCUCCAAUUGGUUUUUCCCACCAGCACUAUGCCAGAGGGAAUCUGGUUCGAAUAUGUCUUGGUGCCAUGAUUAUAAUAUUCCUGGUGGGGCUUCUGGCAGAGGAUUGGCAUAGUCGGAAGAAACACCUGCCACAAAGGAUCAGAGCUGUGCAAAGACCACUUCCACCCCUCCCACGGGCCUAGAAAUAACAUGGCUUGUAGGAUAAUGGUUGACCAGAUGUCCAUCACAAUUAGAGCCCCAGACAUGGAUAUACUCAAGAAUGGGGAUUUUUUUUUUUAUAAAGAAUGUGUUAGAGACUAAUAUGAGGGCUGAGCCAACAAGGUAGGAUGGAGAUCCGUAUGCCUUCUUGAUGUUCGAUCAAGCAGUUGAGUCAGUGUCUACUUUGCUGAAAAAACUCCACAUGAGAUGGAAAAAUCUUGGGGAAAUCUAUCUCUUUUUUUUUUACUUUGCAUGUUGUAGAUACCAUACUACACCUGUGUAAUGGCAUUUCUUCAAUCUUAUCUAACAUGGGUUCUAGAUUGAUUUAACACAGCUGACCUGUUCUAUCCUUUACAUAUCCAGUGUUCUCUGGUAGUCUGUGUUCCUCAUAGUAGCAGUAGUCAAUAGUCAAUAGAUUUAGCCUUUAUCCUAACCCCAUCUUGAGUCACAGUUGGAUAAAUAUUUUACUUUUUAGACUGGAAACCGGUUCUCUAGAAAGUAGGUUAGGGAGUUACUUUUCAUGAAUAUAUAAUAAUCUAUAUGAUCAAUACAGUCCUUUUCUUUUAUUUACAGCAGAUAUAUUUCAAGAAUCCAAAUGGAUGCUGAGAAGUAUCAUAGUAUUUUUCCUACAUAUAUUAUUACAUUUUGAGGCCAUUAAAAUAAGAGGCAUCCAACCAGAAUCUCUGUGAAAGUUGGUCUGCUAAACAAGGUGGCUGUUAUAUCCUUGUGAGCAUUCAGGCAGUGUAUACACAUCCAAAAAGGUUGAUUCACGUCCUGGAAUGUGAUAGUGUAGGAUGGCAUGAGAGUUUAUACUGCUACAUAUAACUUACAUGCUAUACUUUGUUCAUUUCUGGAAUUUUACAAUUUAAUAUUUUCAACCUAAGAUUGAUCACAUGUGAUAGAAACCAUAUGAAGCAAAACCACACAUAGCAUAUAUAUAUACACUUGUACUUGAAAAAUUAUAUUCCACUCACUGCCAAUCCCUCCCAAUAUGCUCAGGAGAUCUUGUUCCUUUCUCCUUCUGUGAGGGACCUUGUAUGAAUCUCUUAGGUUCUUCCUUGUAUCCUAGUUUCUCUGGUGGUGUGAACUAUAGGCUGGUGACACUUUGCUCUGUGUCUAAAAUCCAUAUAUGAGUGAGUACAUACCAUGUUCUUCUUUUUGUGACUGUGUUAUCUCAUUCAGGAUGGUUUCUUCAAGUUACAUCCAUUUGCCUGUGAAUUUCAAGAUUCCAUUGUUUUUUUUCCUACUGAGUAGUAUUCCAUUGUGUAGAUGUGCCACAUCUUCUUUAUCCAUUCUUCAGUUGAGGGGCAUCUAGGUUACUUCCAGGUUCUUGCUAUUACAAAUAAUGCUGCUAUGAACAUAGUUGAACAGAUGUCUUUGUUGCAUGGAUGUGGGUCAUUUGGGUAUUUGCCUGAGAGUGGAAUUGCGGGGUCCUGUGGUAAACUGAUUCCCAUUUUCCUGAGGAACUGCCACACUGAUUUCCAAAAUGGAGUGGAGAGGG